AUGGUCAAGGAAUCAAAACUCUACGACGUUCUCGGCGUCAGCGUAACCGCCACCGAAGUGGAAAUCAAAAAGGCAUACCGAGUUGGUGCUCUCAAAUACCACCCCGAUAAGAACCCCGGCAACGUCGAGGCCGAGGCCAAGUUCAAGGAAAUCUCCAUGGCCUACGAGGUUCUGUCAAACGACCAGAAGAGAGCUGCAUACGACAACUUUGGAGAGGCUGGCCUCGGCGGAGGAGCCGACGGAGGAAUGGGCGGCGGAUCUGCUGAGGAGCUGUUUUCGCAUUUCUUUGGCGGCGGCGGUGGCAUGGGCGGCAUGGGCGGCAUGUUCGGCGGCGGCCAGCCCCAGGGCCCCCGACGAUCCCGUGACAUUGUUCACGCCGUGUCCGUGACCCUCGAGGACCUGUUCCGAGGAAAGACCUCCAAGAUGGCUCUCAAGAAGACCGUGCUCUGUAACGGCUGUGACGGUAUCGGAGGCAAGGCCGGCUCCGUCAACAAGUGUGAGACCUGUAAGGGUCAGGGAUUCAAGUUUGUCACCCGACAAAUGGGCCCCAUGCUGCAGCGAUACCAGACCAAGUGUAACGACUGUAACGGCGAGGGCGAGAUCAUCGACCCCAAGGAUCGAUGCAAGGACUGUAACGGAAGAAAGACCAAGGAGGAGCGAAAGGUGCUCGAGGUCAACAUUGAUAAGGGUAUGGUCAACGGACAGAAGAUCACCUUCUCUGGUGAGGGUGACCAGGGUCCUGAUAUUAUUCCUGGUGACGUUGUCUUUGUGCUGGAUGAGCAGCCCCACGCCCGAUUUGUCCGACGAGGCGACGAUCUGUACUACCACGCCAAGAUUGAUCUCAACACUGCCCUUACCGGUGGCUCUUUCAUGAUUGAGCAUCUUGAGAAGGAGGAGUGGAUCAAGGUGGAGAUCAUCCCCGGCGAGAUCAUUUCGCAUGGCACCACCAAGGUCGUGGAGGGCAAGGGUAUGCCCUCCUACCGACACCAGGUUCACGGCAACCUGUUCAUUCAGUUUGAGGUCGAGUUCCCCGCAUCUGGCUCUCUCAACGAGGAGACUCUGCAACAGCUGUCUGCUCUUCUGCCUGCCAAGCCUGCUCUUCCCAGUGUGCCCGAGAGUGUCCAUGUUGACGAUGUUGUUCUGGCUGACGUGGAUCCUCUCAAGCACCGAGGAGCUAUGGGCGGCGAUGAUGAGAUGGACAUGGAUGAGGAUGGACCUGGAGGAGCCCAGGGUGUCCAGUGUGCUUCUCAGUAA